CUGGACCAUUAUAUCCAUUUUUCCCGGCGGCUGUGAAGCCAACACGGCAGAGCAGUCCGGAUCCAGGAAAGUCUGAAACUCCAUUCCAGGUCUUCCCGCCGCCUUUUUUUAAAAACCACCUCUACUUUGGAGCAGUGAAAAACACACUAGCAUUAGGGCAGCAGAUGACCCGGCGCAGCAGUGAGGAGCACAACAGUCCUCUCUAACAAAUGAAAGGAUGGGGGGCAUCAGCAGCAGCUGAAUUCAAAAAAACUGGAUCAGGGGUCGAGGGGAAAGAGCUGCUUUCUGCUCACCCUUGGGUAACUUUUAUUGGAUUCAUUCCCCGGUCCAAACAAACAUGCCAUUUGCCAAACGAGUCGUGGAACCUCAAUUACUGUGCAGGUAUCAAAUCCCAAACGAGGAGGGUCUAGUUUUCGAGGAUCUGGUCUCCAUCAGUAAUGUGGCUCUGUCUCGGACCUUGCGGCAGCUAUCGGACCUGGCCAAACAUGCCUGCUCCAUAUUCCAGGAGCUGGAAAGCGACCUCACCUCCACCAACCUGCGGGUCAGGGGGCUGCAGAGUAAGAUUAACCAACUUCAGCAGACCUGCUCCGAGCUGGACCCCAAACAGGAGGCAGUGCCGGUGUCAAACCUGGAUGUGGAGAGUAAGCUGAUGACGCAUUACCAAGCUCCCUGGCACCAGCAGAGGAAUGUUUUCCACCCCUCCACGCGGCCAGUAUGUGUAGAAGAGCUCCACAGGCAAGCCAACCUCAGCCUGUGGACCCUGCACCGAGAUCACCAGAGGAGACAAUCAGGCAGCAGGGAGCGGAGAGUGACCAUCUCGAUCUCAGCUGUGCCCCCGAUGCCCAUGUACCCCUCCCCUCACAUCAUCCAGAGACAAGAAAAGAGGGGCACAAAUUUGACAACGUUUGAAUCCACCCGCUCCUCCUCCCCUACCGAAUGUUGCCGCUUCUCUCCCUGGAGCAGAAAGGCUGCGCCCUCUGACCCCGACACUGACGGGGUGGCUCUAGGUCACCGGUCUAAGUUUCCCAUCCCUAACAUCCCCUCAACCCUGGACAAGCAGACUAACUGGUCUAAAGCCCUGCCGCUGCCCACCCCAGAGGAAAGAAUGAAAAGCAAUUCCCAAGUCAUCACCUCAUGUGUCAUCCCCAUUAAUGUGACCGGGGUUGGCUUUGACAGAGAUGCUAGUGUGCGCUGCUCGCUCGUUCACUCACAGUCUGUGCUUCAGAGGAGGAGGAAGCUGAGGAGACGGAGGACUGUCGCUGGCGUUCCCAGACAGGUGCAGCACGACUUAGACUCUGAUGACUCUCCAAGUUCCAGAGAGCGCACAGUGAUAGUUCAUGCCAGUCCAGAUAUCACGCCCUCCAGUGAGGAGCUGGCCAGCCAUCUCAGUACCAGAGACUCAGGUUGCCAAACAGAGGACUUUCUGAUCUCAGGAGCGCCAUCUCGGAGGAGGAUCAGGGCCCAGAGAGUCCAGGGAGUCUCCGUCUCCCUCUCUCACUCUGCAGGCAACAUCUCCUCCUUGCCGGACAGCGCUGACACCAUGUUCACCGCCUCUGUGGGAGCACGCCUGCGUUCCAGGAGUCUGCCCCGAGACGGAAGCCGGAUGAUGGACAACGGCCACAAUGACAGCGAUGAGGAGGAGGAGCUCUCCCCCUUCGACACCGAGGACUUCCUGCCUGGACCAGGGGAGUUGAUUCUGAAGGAUGAGGGGGAGAGCACAGACGAUCAGGCUGUGUCUGAACUCCAGCUGGGCCUCAAAUAUAAGCAGCUCUCGGAGAGUCCGGAGCGCAGCUGGAUGGAGAGGACCAGAUCACAGCUGCCCAGGAAGGUCGACAUGGGCAGCUGUGAGAUCUCAUCCAGUUCAGACACCUUCAGUAGCCCUGUCCACUCCGUCUCAGCUGCAGGGGUGCUUGGAGGCCCGAUGGACCAUAAGGAGGACCAUCAGUCUUCUAGUGGCAACUGGAGCGGCAGCAGCUCUACCUGCCCCUCACAGACCUCAGAAACAAUCCCCCCCGCAGCCUCUCCACCGCUGACUGGCUCCUCACACUGUGACUCUGAACUCUCCCUAAACGCUACCACUCACAACAACGAUGACCAGCAGACCGGCUUCAUGCUGGACCACUACCAGGGCCUCAGGACCCAGCGGGCAGGCUCCUUCUCCUCCACAGCUAUGGACAUAUUAGAGGAAGCAGGGGUCAGCACUCCCAUCGAGAACGAGUGGAGCUACCCCAACCCCGAGCCUCCGCGCCCGCAGGACUUCAGCCCCGAGCCGAACAGAGAAGCUGAGAGCAGCCUGGGCUGCCCCAGCUUCACCAGCAUGGCCACCUGUGAGAGCAGCUACUCUGACAAGCCACCGUCAGAGAAGGCAGACACCGUCUCACACUACUCUGUAGACACUGAAGGCUACUACACCUCCAUGCACUUUGACUGUGGUCUCAAAGGUAGCAGAAGCUUCACUUACAACUAUGCAGCCCCUGGCUCUGAUUGUGGCCUGUCUGACUUGAGUGGUCACAUGACUCUGGGGAGACGCUGCCUCUCUUUACGAAAACCAAAGGUGAAGCCGUCUCCACCUAAGAGGAGUUCAUCCUUAAGAAAAAUAUGCAGUGAUGGGAACAUCCCUGACAAGAAAGAACCAAAGAUUACAUGUGGGCAGCAACUUCCACUGUCUUCCAAGGAGAGGAAACUGCAGCUGGUUUUGUCCAGCUCUCCAGGUCAUAUAGAAAACUCUUCACUCACCAGAGAUCCCCCUCUGGUCUGGGGAGUGGAGUGCUCAGCUGAUCUACCUGAUUUAGGCAUUUUUAGCUCCACAGAUGCACAUUCAUUUAAGGACGACGGGGUUGUGCAGUCAGACUAUGCAGAUCUGUGGCUGCUGAAUGAUUUAAAAUCCAGCGAUCCCUACCGAUCUUUGUCAAACUCCAGCACAGCCACAGGCACAACUGUCAUUGAAUGCAUCAAGUCGCAAGAGAGCUCAGAGUCCCAGACAUCCCAGUCUGGCUCCAGAGCCACCACUCCCUCACUUCCAUCAGUGGAGGGUGAGUUUAAGCUCACCUCUCCAGAGAAGCUGGCAGGCCUGGCCAGCCCGUCCAGCGGCUACUCCAGUCAGUCAGAAACCCCCACCUCUUCGUUCCCCUCCGCCUUCUUCCCCGGACCACUGUCGCCAUCCAGCGGCAAGAGGAAGCCCAAAGUCCCGGAGAGGAAGUCGUCUCUUUCGUCACUGUCACUGCAGUCACUGUCCUGCAGGGACGGAGCCACCUCGAAGAGAGACCUGGAGCUGCCGAUAAUCCCUCCCUCCCACCUUGACCUAAGUGCCCUUCAAAGUGUCAACAAGGCCUCAGCUUACAGGAACCAGAUCCAGAUCCUUCACCAAAACAAACAAAAAGCCGCAGCAUCAGCCAAGGCUGCAGCACCCACCACCUCAGAGGUGUUUAAUGCCCACUCCAUGUCCAUCACACCCACAGUGCUACACUCAGUCCAGCUCCGAUCCAUCAGUAAAGAACCUGAAGGAGGUCAUGAGGACAAAACAGCUUCCAAACUCAAAUGUCCCACAGUGAACUUAAAAAGCACAUUGUCAAGUAGUAAAUCUUUAGAGCUAAAGAGUCCACCGUUGUACAACUCACAUCAUCAUCACACAUCCUCAACGGAGUUGUAUGAAUCAAUGUUUACCUCAAAUGAAGAGCUCACGUGCGGAGAAGCGGCGUGUCAGAGUGAGACGAGGAACAAGCAGGACAGAGGGGCUCCUUUAGAGAGUAUGAUAGCAUACAGACUGCAGUCAGAGCCAACAGCAGACAUCCCUGAGCCCAUCACUAGUCAGGAAGGAGAGAUGUGCAGAGAGUCAGCAGAAACGCUUGUCUGCUCUGAAGACUCCAGCUCACAGUCAGAGCCUUUACAACAGCAAAGAACUGAGCCCCCUGAAGAACAAACGUGUUCUAGUCCUUCUCUCAAGAGAUCCGACAGUCUUGAUAAAGUGCCUGCUACUGAUGGUCAAUCAGAGUCGCUGCAAGUGAGUCCAAUCAGUAAUGAAGAGGAGUACGAGUCAUCAGGUGUUUUAGCCGAAAGUGCCUCUCAGGAUGGCAAGGAGGAGUCCACACCAGAGACAGAGGAUUACUUCAGUAAAGACUCCACACCCAGUGACAAUGCAGUGUCCCCAGUGACUGAUGAGUCAAGGCCACAGGACGACAGGGUGUUUCUGUCACCCACCAAAACUCGCACCACUGAGGACCUGUUUGCUAUGAUACACAGGUCCAAAAGGAAAGUGUUGGGUAGGAAGGACUCAGCUGAAUUGGGUGUGAGGAAUCGCCUCAGUGCUGCAUCAGGAAAUACACCACCCAGCAGCACUACCAGCAGCACUAUGAGCUCCCCAGUCUCAGUGGCGUCACCCUCCUCUGCUGUGACCCCACCAGGUCUACAAAGAGUCCCUGGGCCCAUCUACAGGAAUGCCAAGAAGUCCAGCACCUCUAACGAGGAGUUCAAACUGCUGCUGCUUAAAAAGGGCAGCCGCUCAGACUCUAGUUACCGCAUGUCAGCUACAGAGAUCCUCAAGAGCCCCAUCAACCCUAAAUCUGCCGGAGACUCUCUGACGGAGUUGCCCAGACAGUCUGAGGAGCUCGCCUCCCCCCUGCAACAACAGCAGCUUAAUUCAGGACCAGAACAGCUCUCCAGCCCUUACCCCAAAGCAAAUGCUGAGGGCUUCUCACCAAAAUCCUUCCCAACAUCUGCUGCUUCCAGGCAGGGCCGCUCCAGAAUCCCUCCGCCUGCCAACAGCAGCCGCUAUGGCAUGCGCAGCAGACUGUACUCAGCACCCAUGCAGGCCAUUUCUGAGGGCGAGACCGAGAACUCAGACGGAAGUCCUCAUGAUGACCGCUCAUCACAGGGCUCCACGUAGAAAACAGAGUAUGGACCAGAGUGAGUUAUUUCAUAUAUAUAUAUAUAUAUAUGAAAUAACUCACUCUAUAUAUAUAUAUAUAUAUAUAUAUAUAUAUAUAUAUAUGAGAUGUGUUUAAGGGCAAGGGCAGGAGCAUUGAUGAAGUUCACAAAACACUAGAGAAAACCAUGCUGUUAAAAAAAUCGAACUUUUAUAGCUGUUUCCUACUUGUUUUGUUUUUUUAAUGUGGAUCCUUUAAACAACUUUACCUGUGUUCUAAUCUAUUGUAUACAUACAGUGUUUCAAAAAGGAAAAUAAUCGCUUCAUGAAAUGAAUAGUUAGAAUAAGAAUCAGGGAACCAGGUUAUUCAGCAUUUGCAUUUUAUAGAGAAGUAUGAUUUAUGAGCAGAAAUUAUGAAUUAUCCCAGUUCAAUUCCACAGAAAACACAGGCUUACACAUAGUAUUUGGUUAAUGUAUGGCACACUGCCCAAAGCCAUAUAUGACACCCAACCGACUCUCUUCCUUCAGCCCUAAUAGAGUAUAUUAAUGUUUAAACUUAGCUGUUCUGCUGACAAAACAAAAAUAGACAAAUAUAUUGUAUUAACUGUAUGUAUUCUAUGAAUACCUAUGCAAUUAGACACAUUUCCUCAAGCCAGUUAUACCAAAAUUAUUUUGAUACCCCCCCAACUGAACAUCAGGAGUAACACUGUGUGAGAAACAGCAGAAGGUGACAAUGUGACGCCUCAAUGCAUCUAUUGAAAUAGCUGGAAAACAGCAUUUGAUGUGAUGUGUUUGUAUAUUUCCCUCAGUCCUUUUUAAAAGCAUAUAGUAAAUUAUAUCAAAGGUAGUGUAAUAUUACAACCUUUUAAGAUUCUCAUGCAAUAUCAUGGGUAGCAAUUACAGGUGAGACAGGAAAUGUCUGAGCCGAGCACUAACUCGACAAUCUCGGGAGACAAGAGGGGAGCAGGUGUUAACAUGGGAGAUGAAAAAGUGAUUUAAAAAGUUGGAGGUGGUGAAACAGGAGAGCUGUAAGAGGAUAGAGAGGUCAUAUGUUUAAGAAGAAAAAUGUAAUAAUGGUCAUUUUCUGGUUUGCUGACUUGAUGUGUUUAUGAAUUGUUGAAAGAGGCUAGUGGAAAGUGUUCAGGAGGAUCAAAUAUACUUUAUUUUACUCAGCAAGAGAUCAUAGGUGACAAAGCAGCUUUGGGCCUCAGCAAGUUGAGUGUUUUUGUGAGAUUUCCCAGUUUUGACGGAGGAUGUAGGGUUACAUUUGGCCAGGUUUAUCAUCUGUGAUGAAAAGGAGAAGUCCUGAAUUUGGGGAUGUGGCAUUUGCUGCUAUUUUGUACCAGAUGAUAGUCUAUUUUAUCCCCCAUCAAAAAAUAUAACCUUCACAUUUCCUGUGUCUGAACAGCAUAAAUAUAUAUUUAUUUUUAUAACUGACACAGAAAAUCUCCAUAUGCUUCCUGAUUUGGUUUAUGCCUUGAAAUAACCUAAAACUGAAACCUAAUGAAAAUAUGCAAAGAAUUGCCAGUAUUUUUAACAUAUUUUAUUCAAAUACUUAUUUUGUUUGUAAGAGACAAAUUUUAAAUCUUAUUCAAGACACUGGUUGCAGAGAGAAAUAGGAAAGCAACUUAAUAAUCAGUCAUAAGCUAGAAGAGAGGUUAUUGUUGUAACCCUGGCACUCUGAAGCUUUUUUUUGUUUGUUUGUUUUUGUCCCGCAUAUUCACAAUAAUCUUACAAGUAAAUUGUAAUUAUUGCAGUGAUGGUACUCAACCAUUAUGCAAGGUUGACUUAGUCUAUGUAGCCAUAUUACCAUAUGGAAGACUGUUCUUCACUAUUGGUACACUGUAAAUAUCAACUGCAUUUUGGCCUUAAUGAUACUCCAUACUAAUGCAAUGACUUAUAACAGGGUACGCAAUGGGUUAUGUAUGUGAACCUUCAUUCCACCCUUUUUUUUUCUUUUUUCUUUUUUUUGCACUGAUAAAGUGAUUUUGUGAAGUUUCAUUAGUCUCUUGCUGUACCUGGAGAUAAUUAUAGACCUUUACAUGGAGCUAUUUGACUCUCCUUUGAAUAAUAGUCACACUCUGAGUACACUUUAGGUGUGGAGUAGAUGCUUCUGCCAAAGGCUAGAACGUGUACAUGUUAGUGGCAUUGAACUGUUUUUCCUCUUCUCGUUUACUUGACUGAAACAUUCUUGAAAACACAAAAACACAAACCAAUACUAAAGAAGAAUUACAGCGUUAACUUAUGGUACUAGAUUCAUUUAAUUUCAGAUCAACCUCUAUAUAUAGUAUACUGUAGGCAUCUUUCUUUUUUUUGUACAAAAAUGUAAAUAUGAUAACUUUUGGAAUUGUCACAAAGGUUCUUGAAUUGUUUCUUAUGUAAAAAAAAAAAUGUUUUCAAAGUUUACAUUAAUUUCAAACCUUUGUAUAUUUUUGAGCUGUGGAACACUUUGUCUUGUAUUUAUUUUUUAGUAAGCAUUGUUGAAAUCCCAUAGUAAAUCCUAUCAAAGCCAACUGCUAGCACAACAGGCUGCUUAGCAAAUGUAUAUAAAAAGACAAAUAAAUGUGACUGCUUUGAAAAUGA